AUGGGACGAGCUGUUGAUAGGUGCGACACACGACAUGACAGACGGCGGAUAGAGUUGCGCAAAAAAGUGAUGGCUCUUCGUGGACAUAACCGAAGCGUCUCCGUUCGUCGCGAUCAACAAGGCCCGACAGCUGCGAGGCGGUUUCCGGCUGACCGUAUGCUCUGGUUGUGUCACACAAGCCGGUAGUAAGAAUAUCGCUCCAGAUACGUAUCAGAGCAGCAUGUGAGCCGCUUGGCUUGGGUUUUGAUGAAGUAACGGGGCUUCUGUGGUUGAACUCCGAAAGUUGAACUAGACCGAUAUAGUUUGAACUUAUCUAAUAAAGAAAUUUUUGAAAGAAAUUUAGCUUGGUUUAGUCAAAAUGCCCUCUUUUUCUCAUUUCUUUUCUGAUAAGGACAUGUUGAUCCUUCUCAUCUGGAACUUCUUCUCUGAAGUCAAAUGCCGAUUUGCAAAAAUAAACAUACCAAAACAAAAGGAUGCCGCCAGCUGUCACUCGGAUAUGUCUGAACGGGUCUCAUAAACACUUACUAAAGAUUUUUAUGAUUGACCACCGCAAAAUGACGACGAGAUGAGUGAGAAAAAUGAAUAAUUUUUGCAUUCGUUCAUUAUUCAUCAGCCAAAGUUAUUUAAAAAAGAAGAAGAAUAAUUUCAAAAAUGCGGAUGCAACGUGCAAGAGAAAACCCUUAAUUUGAAGGUUACUCUGAGAAUUCUGGAGGUCCGAUCAUCGAAACCGAUAGCGUCGCCGGUCACACUCAGAACUCAACUUCUGUUGUUAGUGCGCCGCGCCAAACAACAGUAAUCUUAAUGGAACAUCUCAUUGUAGAUUCGAUCGCAACUCAACAUCUCAAAAUCGCUCUCGAAUAUGCCCGUUUCAAACAAGGUUUGAAUAAAUUUGGAUAAGGGGCAUAACUUCGGCUCGGAACAAAAUUGAGACUUUUCAUCUUGAGCGCUUAGUUAAAUACCGAAACAAUGUAAAAAAACAAUUCGCUUUGAUAGAUCUGAAAUAUUUUUAAACGAACAAGAUUAAUUUUUUGUGAGUUAGCGUUUUUUUCUACUAGUUUUUCAAAAAAAUUUUUGAAGUUUUGUUUAGACUUACUGUUUGCUUCACCAAUUGACCAAUUGAAACUGAAGAAUUGCGCAGAUAGCUGCUAUUUCACAAAAAUUCCAAAACAAUUUUAAUAACUUCACAGAUUUUUUUCAAAAUUCUUCCCUAUGUUGAUUAUAGAGUGAAAGAAAAACGAGCAACUGAGUGAACCUAUAGCAGAAAUCUUUUUUCAGAAUUUCAAAUUUUUGUAAGCGCGACCAAAAAUUUUCCAAAGAAAAUACCAACAUUUUGUUAUGAAAAACAGUAGCAAGAAACUGUAAAAAUGAGAAUAUUGAAGAAGCGCCCGAGGGGUGAACGAAAGAGCACAAGCAAAUAGCCACGUAAGUCGCCGCCGCUGAUUUCGCAGGCCGAUCUGAGAGACGAAAAUGCACGAAAUGGUCCUCAUGCGUCCCACUCGUUAGCACAUUUUUACAAGUGCGUCGUGUACGGUCGUGCCCCCAAGCGUUUGCGCUGAGAAAAAGGAAGUUGCGCGACAGUUAAGAUAAAUAAUCACUUUUUCUCAAGAUGAUUGCGGAACGAGGAGGUUUGAAUUGCCCCAGGAUAGGGGAAAGAUAGUCGAAAAGCGAUCAGAUUCAAAAACUUUGAUUGGGGGAUCGACUUAUAGGAAUACUUCAACCGAAAGCUUCUCAAUGCAGAGACUUUCUCCAACUCGGCAAAGUCGGGUUGGUGGAUGAUGGCCGCUAAAGGGGAGAGGCUCAAAAAAGGCUGCAGAAAGGCAGCAAAAAGGCAGCAAAAGGUAGCAAAGAGAGUCCCUUCAUCGAACCUUCCAUUUUUUUGGAUUUUAAAGGCUCGAGAAAUGGUGGAGAACGAGAGAAGCAGCAAAAAUGGUGCAUAAGGGUUGACAAAAUGGAGCAAAAGGGCAGCAAAAAGGAAGUUUUCAUCACCCUAAAAGGAACAUUUCUAUGGAGUCUUCCUGUAACCUUUAUGACCCUCGGAGGGUCCUUCCGACUUUGCCUAUGAACAAAAUAGACCAUUCUCAGAUUUUUAUAAACAAAAAAGCAUUUUUUUUUUACAAUACUGUAGAAAAUAUGAGAUCUAUAAAUCAUUACGAAGAAAAGAAUUCGAAUUUUUUGUAAUACUCCGUUGAUCAAACUCUGAAAUUUUUUUCUUUCAUGUGGUUUUGAUUUUUUAAACUUGACCAAUAAUCAUCUGAUCCGUGAUCGUCCGAUUGAACAGAACCAAAGCCUUGUUUUCGUACUUUGGCUGAACCAGAAAGCCAAAAGCUUUGAGAAAAUUAUCUACUCGUCGGUUUGAGUUUUCUUUUUUUUUUAAACCAGAGUCGAGUAAAUUUCAAUUUAAACAUAACGUCGAAAAAUAAUGUCAAAGUCCUUAAAUCAUGCAUACGAUGUGUUGCGAUUUCAUUAAAAGAAAACUCAACCCGAUGAAUAACUUUUGGCGUAGUUUCUAGCUUUUCGGUUUGGAUAAUCAUUGGCCAAAAUAAAAAAAAAACCGCGUAGGAUGAGCAAAAGCUGAAAAGUCGGUUGAGAGCUUUCAAAAAUUUUUUUAAUGAUAAUUGAGAUUGAAACUCGAAUAAACUUCUCUAAUUGCUGUUUUUCUCUGCACACGGAAGACUAAUCGUGUAGCAAAAGAGCAGAAAUACUUUCCGUUAAAACUAUUAGCUCGGUGAAAGGAAUUUUAGAAAUGAGCUCGUUAACUUGCCCAAUGUGGAAGGAAAAGCCGAGAUUUGCAAGUGACCUCCAAGACGCCAUAACCAACCGUUCCCACGGUGAAGUAUUUGAGCAUUUCCCUCCAUUUUCAAACGUUUGUUCUCGAGCUUUCAAGCGCGCCGCCGGAAUCGCACUUCUUGAAUUUUUCGACCAAAUAUCGCUGGAAUGGAUGGAAGAAUACAGUACAUCAUACUGCUUUCUUUUUGAAAAAUUCAAUAUUUUCCUGAAUAUAAAACCUUUUUUUCAAAUCCCACAUCAAACGAGAUUUAGAAUUCCCAGAAGAAAAACCUAAAAAGGAAUUUUCGAGACAGUUAAAAAUUAUUUGUGUACCAAUUUUCAAUGCAUUCCAAAUAAUUUCCGAGGCGUCAUUGAAAUUUUUUUUCCAAGCCGCAUUUUUCGUUUUUUCUAUAGCACAAACUAAAGUUAUAUCAAAUUUUUUUCUAAUUUUCAGAUGUCAAGUCUCAAUCAAAGUAGUUUGCCCUGUUUGUGAAUCUAAGUUUUUUUUCAAAAAUGACUUCUUGUAGAAUCGAAAACAUCAAUUUAUGUUUGUCAGUUGUCAAACUACAAUAAGUUCAUCCCCUCAAAAGCUUUGUUAAUUAUCAUGAUGAAUAGAUUGACCUAAUAUUGUCACGAGUUUUUUUCUCUCUAAGCAACGUAGAUUUUUUUGAGUACGUUAUUAUGAGCAGUGCGUCACUUCAAAAUGAUUUUUUUCCCGGUAAGUUCAAAGAUAUCAAAAAAUACUCAUCAACAAAAGAACGGUCGGAAAGGCCUUCAUUUUUGAAGUCACAGCAAAUGAAACAAACAUGAAACAAACUAGAAACAGCACCCUGAUAACUACGUCUUCUUCGAAAAAAAAAAAGGAUUUCUGAUUUUUUUUUUUCACUCAGAAGUGGAAUAAGGCGUUCUUUUUUUUCCGAACUCAUUUGUAUUAAAACUCGGAAGAAAAACAAGUUUUUUUUCCUUCUUACUCAAGUCGAACACUCAACUUGAUUACAUUGACUCACUUAAACUCUUUCACUUCCAUCAUUUUGAAUUGUUGACGUAAUCUGAACACUUUUGUUGGAAAAUAUGCUAUGCUAUGAUAAAAAGUUGAAGUGUUGCAAGUUGAGCGUCCUUAAUUAUUAACCGAAGAUCGUGCAUGACGGAGGAAAACAAUUUUCUUUUAUGCUUUUUACGUAAACACCCUACAGGAUAUUCUUUGACGCUUCGUUAUAGCUUAUUUAUACCAAUUAACCUAAUUGAUCGAAGACUUAGAAAUGGAAAUAGGUCUCAAUAAACUGAAAAUAGGACAAGACUGUGUACUUUUUGUAAAACCUGAACUAGAUGAAAGGCAAACAAAUCAACUAUUAUUUGGGUUUAUCGAAACCCUACGGAGUGAAUCUCGACGAAGUUCCAUCAGAUGAACGAAAUCUGUUUUUUUUUGUCAAAUCUCAUUUCAUCAGGUUCUCCAAAAAAGCAAAAAAGGAAAUGAACUUGUGAUGUGUUUGAAACUGCCGUUUUCCGUGGUCUCCCUAUAAAAUGAGCCACAAACGGCAAUUGCUUCCAAUAUAAAAGAAACUUUGCUCUUCAGGAACUCUGCGUGUUCUUCUUCCUUAUUUGAAGGUCGUAACGGUACGCAAUAUUGGAUCUCUCCCGCCUUUUUUCAACAAAUAAAAUGGGUUAAUUUAGUUUGGCAAAUACCGAAAGCCUUCUUCGGUCCGCCUCUAACCGCUAAACUCGCUUUGAAGAGGCCUUGAUGCACUUCAAUUUUUUUCUUUUUCUUAUUUAUUGAGUUCCAUCAAAACGGAUUCCAGCUUCAAAUGAAGGGCGGUACUAACGAAAUUUGGUUCAAACCGAACAGAGCUAGUUUGUUAGCCGACAAAAUGAAUAAGUAGCUGUCGUCUCACGAGAUUUACCAGCAAAAGGUCCUAACCACGAAAGCUUGCUUUUCUUGAGAGUAACAUGUCUCCAUUGCGUCAGCACGUUUGAAUUCUUCAGUAUUUAUUGAACGAGGCCACUCAUUUUUCAGUAAACUCUCAUAUUACUCUCAUGUAACCUUGUUUCUGAAAACAACCUGAUUGGUUUAGAGAGAACUUUUAUUUUUGAUAUUCUUCAUGUCUCUUUAAAAAAUCUUAUCAAUCCAGACAAUCCAACGGCGGUUCACUUAUCUAGAAGUUAUCUGCAAAAAAAGGAGAAAUUAUUAUGUGGUGAAAUUUAUGGGGUUUUGCCUUUUAUUGCUACGUUUUGCGUCAUUAUGGGCCCUUGGUAGCGACGGAGUUUAUGUAGUCCUUUGCUACUGCAAAAACGAAGGAAUUGCAUUUUAGUUUACUUCAAAUACAUCGUUGGUGUUUUUAUUUUCAUGACUAACAUCCUUCUCCAGCUUGUUGUGUUUUUUUUUCCACCUGAAUGAUUUCAACUGAGUCACAAAGGGCUCUGCUAGAAAAAAACGUGUAGAUGAGGUGACGUUAUUAGUAUUUUUGUUAUUAUAUCAUACAAGUUUUCUCGUAAGAUAAUUAUCAGGCUUUUUUUCAACAAAAAUAUUUUGUAAAGAACAGAUUUUCGUAAAUGAAUCUGUGCUGAACCUGCGCUUUCUUUAGCAGUACUAUUUAGGGAGUUUACGGAGGGCGCUGCUAAAUAGCCUCAUUGCAAGACGUGAAAAUUGUUUUUUGAGGGAUUUCAUUAACCGACGCGGCUCCACGUAAAUGUGACGUGGCGAAUUUCGCGGAUUGCUACAACAAGAUUUGUGGGAAUCUUCCAGUAGAGUAGUUUUCUCAUCAAGCGAUCCUGUCGUGCGGAAGCAUCAUUUGCAGAACUCGGCUUCCUUGUUUCCAAUCUCAGCCUGAAAGACAAUUGUAGCACCAACUUUCGGUUUUUGUUCCUGACUUGACGCCACCAGCCUCCUUUUCUGGUUUCAUUAGUGGUAUCACUACUUCUUACUCAAACUUUUUGUUCAUUUUUUUACACUUCAGCUUGUCACAUCUAAUUAGUCAAAGUAGGAAGAGCGCAGUACAUCACAUUCAUCUACUUAAUUUGUGACAAAGAGUGAAAUCAGGGCCUUAAUUGAGUUAAGCUUCUUUCUUCGAACCAAGGAAGUGCUUUUGUGGCUCAAAAACGUCAGUAUUCCGACACACAGAAUUUUUUUAGUUGUUGUUUCGAAAUUUUGUUGUGCGAAAUUUCAGAAUGCAAGAAAAAAUUAGAAGCCUCCCGUUAUUUUCAAAAAAAGGAUUUCUGCUUCUCCGAACCCUGUGUAGUAUUUUCAUGAAGAUUGUUGAAAUGUGCCAAGCUAGAAAUAUUGUGUCCUUUUUGUCCCCAAUAGAAAUAUUUCUAUCUUUGUACCCUAUUUUUUUCUUCUUUACUUUAGAUAAUCAAGUGAUGAACAGAAAAAGGAGUUUUUUUAAUACUAAGAUUUUUCUUGAAAAACUUUAUUUUUCUUUCUAGUUUCUUUUUUUAAAUCUGACUUUUUGUCCCCAAAGAAAAAAAUUACUUAUUAUAUUUUUCAUCGCUUUUUUUCUCUCAAACUAAUGAGGAUAUUUAUCCAUCAAAACACUUAUAAAACUUUGCAGGUAACAGGUGGUAGUCCACCAGACUCCAGGCAUCCAAAACGGAAUGUCGCGUCUGGCAACUGUCGCCUUGCUCGUUCUCGCUGUGCUCGUCGCCCACAACCAUGCCACCGAACUGUUUGUGUUCUGUAUAAACAUUUUGCAAAGCAAUCUGUAAUUUGAGAGCCGAUGGAGUCGACGCGACUCGGGAGCAGAAGCGCUUCGAUAUCGAUUUUGUGAAACGUGAAGGCGGCGAUAGUGGUAGGUGAAACGUUGAAGUUGGCAAACCCCAAAUAAAGUAAUCACGACGAGACAGCCUGUUUCUCUGCCCGCCAUGUGGAACACAAAAUUGGAUUGGUGACAGAUUACCGCCAAUCGUUUUGAUAAGCGAAAACGUCUAAAAAACGUUUGCGGAAAACGCGUUAUGAAACCUGAAUAAACUUUCGUUCAUCAUAAAAGAUCCUUCAAAUUUAAUUCCCAAGGUUCUAGUCAUUUCUAGUUGGUAUUUUAAACGUUUGCUGGAAAAUCCAUGCGUAAAGUUUGAAAAAAAAACUGAAAAAUCGUUGGUAACGCUUGCUCAUACACAGGCAUUUUAAGAAGUGACAAAAUGAUUAAACAAAAAUUUUGAGGUUUAUGUAGUAAACUUUUUUGCGCUGCUCAACACUCAAUGAUUUAUCCAAAAAACUAUAUAAAAAAAGCCUUUGAAAAUUUUCACGCGCUGACACAAAAGUUAUAACAAUAUAAGUCGAAGUAUGUGGAAAUGUGAAAAUUUCUUUGCAGAGUUUCCCGACUUCGAAGACAAGGAGGACGUGAAACGUUUCGAACCUUUCUUGGACGAAUCUUCCGCUGAGAAACGUUUUGAUCCGUUUUCGAAGCGGUUCGACCCUUACUCUAAACGCUUCGAUCCGUUUUCGAAGCGAUUUGACCCCUACUCUAAGCGUUUCGAGCCAUAUGGAAAACGCUUUGACCCCUAUUCUAAAAAAUUUGAUCCUUACUCUAAGCGUUUUCAAAAUCUGCUCAUCAAGAAGUUUGACCCUUAUGCUAAACGCUUCGAUCCUUUCUCGAAGCGAUUUGAUCCUUAUUCUAAGCGUUUCGACCCCUUCUUCAAACGAUUCACCAUUGCCAAGCGUUACUUCUCCGCCGACGUCCGACAGUUGCUUUAUUCUUUGGACCAGUCCAAACGCAACAUCAUUGAUCCGAAGGCUUUCCAAAUCGGUUUUGGCCGUUGA